AUGCUUCCACCAGUUUGUAUCCCCAACGAACUCCGCCCCUUCAUUGCAGACAUCCCCAGCGACGGUGCCAAGCCAAAAGCACAGCAAGCCAAACCCGUACCUCAACAGGUUUACCCAAUGGACAAAGACCACCUCACAGAGGAGCUCCAACAUCACGCUUUCCUCAACCGCGAGCUCGAGCACCGUGGAGAAGAACUCUUCGAAAUGUUGAAAGACUACAUCCGUGCAUGGCAUGUCCUGCAUGGAGUCCCCUGGGACCUUGGAGGAGACAUAGAUAUUGACACCUUGUUCAAGGCCGCCAUCUCACUGACCCCACCCUCCUCAAAGAAACCCAAACACAACCCUUACACCAUCCCAUUAAUCCUAGCCAUCCACGAAAACCUAGACCUUGACAGCCCCCUCAACAUAGCUGCAUUUGCAUGCCUCACAACAAUGUUCUUCACCUACACCUUCGAUCCCUUAUGCCAUGUCAAGCCAUCAGAUUUUAGCAAAACCCACAACCAUCAAGGCCUACAGAUGAUGAAUUUCCGCAUCCCUCACACCAAGGCAUCAAUUGAGGGAGAAGAUGUCUUCUGGGCAAGUCAACUCAGCCCCGCCAACCCACAAGAAGCCCUUAACAAUCACUUUAGCGUCAAUGAACCCCCGCAGGAUGGCACCCACCAUCCCCUGACAAAGACUUGUUUCCUCAAGAGACUUGCCAUUGCAACAAAAGCUGCAGGUCACAAGCCCUUGCAAGGGCACAGGAUUUGA